AUGAAGAGUAUUAUAGAUAAUAUUCCCAAGAUUUUAAAAAGAUGUGCUGGAAGUUAUCCUGGUUCAAUGAGAACAAGCCUCCCAAGAAGGCCAGUGAAAAAGAUUCGUUUGGGUAAGGCCAGACCCGCCAUAUAUCAUCAAUUCGAUGUAGCAGUAGAAUUGAGUGAUGGUAGUGUCAUUAUGAGAAGAUCCCAACUUCCUAAAGCUGAAAUGAGACUGAUACAAGAUCAAAGAAAUAAUCCAUUGUGGAAUCCAAGCAGAAAAGAUAUGGUUGCAACUGAUGCUGAUGCUGCUGGCAGUAUAGAUAAGUUCAGACAAAAAUAUGGUGAUAUGUUCUCCACGGAACCUCGAAGAAAUGAGCAAGUUAAAGAAAGAACUGCAGGUUCUGUCACAAACGACACUGCUACAACAGAACCUCCUGUAGAGGAUGAAGAGAUAGUAGAAACCGAACAAGAAUCAGGUUUUGAUAUGGGUGAUUAUAUUUCUUUGUUAGAUGAUAGUUCUCAACAGAUUAAGUCUGGUAAAAUAGCUUCUAAAAAGAGAGACAAGAAAAAAUGA